AUGGCUUCCGCCGCCUUCGACAACGAUGAUGAAGGCAGUCAUCUAGGACGACAGCAGCAGCUUACACCCCUCUCCCACAGCGCCGUCGCAUCUGAGAACAAUGGUUCUGACAGCGACGACGAGAAAGAUCUUUUCAGACUGAACCUGGAUCUGACUGUUGCACAAUACAAGAACAGCGAUCUGGAGCGCAAGCUACAGCAGUCACAGGGUGUGGUCGCCAUGCUCAGAGCUUCCAACAAGAAUCUGCAGCAGACGAACGUACUCAACGUCGCCGCGGUCUCCGAAGCGGAGGUACUUCGCGCCAGAGUUGAAGCACUCCAGACUUCUGACACAGAGAAAGAGUCGGAGUUGGAAGCCACACGCCAUGACGCGACUGCAGCGGUACAAGAUGCGGAGAACACUCACGCCCGGCUACGUUCGUCCCAGGACCACAAUAGUCGACUUGAGCGCAGGGUCGGAUCUCUUGAACGCGAAUUGUCCGAAGCCAACAUUCGCUCAAACGAGGCCGCCAUGAGUCAAGCGGAGGUCGGCGAUCUGCGAACGCAGCUCGCCCAGCACUCAAGUCAGAAUCGACAAUACGCUCAGAGUGUGCAAAUGAGCACAAUCAAUGCAGAGCGCCUGAAGACACAGAUCGACGGUCAGAAGAGAGAGCUAGACGACCUUCAAGCCAAGCUUGCUGCAGCCGAGUCAUCGCGAGAUUGGCACCGUAAUGAGCACACUCAGAUCUUGGCAGUCCGCAACACAAUCAAUGCCGGACGUGCGCCCGAGAUCGACCGCUUGAAGACAGAGGUCACCAAGCUGAGUAAAGAGGUCAAAGGCAAGAAGGACCAAGUACCUAGUUUGAAGCGCGACAUAGCGUACUAUAUCGCUCAUCUCGACCUGGCAUAUAGAGAUGCCCGAGUCUACACCUGCGGCCACAACAACCUCAACAACAUCAUCCAAGACACGAACGAGACUCGUCAAUGGGACGAAGCUUCAGUAGCCGAAGAGUUUUUUCGAGAUUGGGAGGAGGAUACCGAGUUCGUGGCGGAGUACAACAGCGCCAGACAGCACAUUCUCAGUCAUCAUCGUGCGCAUGAGAGCAUGAAGCGUGGUCGGGGAGAUGGAUCUGGGUGGAUACGGGACCAGUUUCUCGAAGUUGAUCUCCGCCGUAGGGUCAAAGUCACCUACAACUGA